AGAGCUUUGAGAAACAGUGAAAACUAGGAGGGGAGGAGCAAACUCUAUGAUAUUACGUCGUUACAUUUUAGAAAUUGUUAUUGAAACUUUAACGUUGGUGUCAACCACUGGUUCGCAUAUGGACGCUACCAAAUGUGCUAUCGCUGAGUUGUGGCGUAUUAUUCAGUGAGUUCGUUACAGUUUGUUACUAAUCGUCAUUAAGGGACUGUUCACAAUAAGUCAGAUUGACUCAUGAAGAACUGUUCUGUGAAACCAGUGUCAGUUGUACUGGGUGCACAGUGGGGUGAUGAAGGAAAAGGAAAGUUAGUAGAUUACUUAUGUGAAUCUGCUACUGUGGCAUGCAGAUGCCAAGGCGGAAAUAAUGCAGGUCAUACUGUAGUUGCUGGUGGAAAGGAAUACUUCUUUCACCUUUUACCCAGUGGUAUAGCGAACCCCAAUGUUUUGGCUAUUGUUGGUAACGGCGUCGUUGUUAAUUUGCAAGGCCUUUUCCAAGAAAUUGAAGAGGCUAGUAAAAAAGGCUUGCCAGACGUGGCUUCUCGUCUACGUAUAUCUGACAGAUGCCACUUAGUAUUUGAUAUACAUCUGGAGGCGGAUCGUAUGGAGGAAGAAUUAAGAGGGGCCAAUCUUAUUGGUACUACAAAGAAAGGAAUCGGUCCAACAUAUUCUUCAAAGAUUACUCGUAAUGGCUUGCGUGUUGGCGAUUUAAUGGGAGAUUGGGAUCGUUUUACGGCAAAGUACAAGGAGCUUGUUGCUUAUUUUAAAAGGCGUUACUGUAAUCUUGAUGUCAAUGUCGAAGAAUCAUUAGAGCAACUAAAGGCUUAUCGCCAAAAGUUAUCAGGGAUGGUAUGUGAUACUGUGUCUCUAAUUAACAAGCUUGCAACCACUCAAGAAGCAAACAUCGUAGUAGAAGGUGCUCAGUCUUGCAUGCUAGACAUUGACUUUGGCACAUAUCCGCAUGUUACUUCGUCAAAUUGCAGUAUUGGAGGUGUGUGCACCGGCUUAGGACUUCCUCCUUCUCGCAUUGGUCCCGUCUAUGGUGUUAUUAAAGCAUAUACAACUCGCGUCGGGUCUGGUGCGUUUCCUACAGAAUUGUUAGAUGGUAUUGGUGAAUCCAUUCAAAAGAAAGGCCAUGAAUGGGGUGUAACAACUAAACGGAUGCGUCGCAUUGGUUGGUUGGAUACAGUGGUUGUGCGAUAUGCACACAUGAUUAACGAUUUUACUGCAUUGGCUUUAACUAAACUGGACGUUUUGGAUGAUUUAGAAGAGGUGAAAAUUGGUCGAGCGUAUAUUGAUCCUGAAAGUGGACAAGAGCUAAGCGAAUUUCCGUCUGAUUCAGCAGUUCUUAAUCGUGUUGUUGUAGUUUAUGAAACUCUUCCUGGUUGGAAAACAACUACACAUGAUUGUCGGAAUUAUGAUGAACUACCGGCAGCGGCUAAAGUAUUCAUUGAAACAGUUGAAAAGUUACUUAAUAUACCUAUACGAUGGAUUGGAACAGGUGCUUCUCGUGACGCAACUAUCAUUCGACCUGUUUAAUGAGAGUAAUCCUUAUUGCUGAUUAAUUGUUAACCUAUUUUAUUAACAUUUUUCUAAUGUAACCUAAUUAGGUGGUGAAUUAGUCUCUUCUUAUUCGCUUGUGUAGAAAAGCGCCUUUUUUUUCUACUUUUCAUAAAAUUCCCCUUGUUUACACCAAGUUUGUUUAUUUUACAGCAGAGAUGAUUUGUCAGUAUAACACACAUACCUUCCCAUUGUAGUUCAGUUUGUGUUUUGUAUGCUUGUUGUAUUUCCUUGGUUUUCCCUAGAAAUUGUCACUAUCCCCUCAUAAUAUCAAUAUUCUUCAUUUUUCAUUUUCUGUUUUUGAUUUAUUAAAACUCAUGUUAUUUCUGUAAACUAUUAUAACAUUUCUGUAAGAUACUAUGAGUGAAUUUUAGAGAUUCAAAAUAUUUUUAUUGAAUGUAAGCUUUUCCUUUUUUUAUUGGAUCAAAUGUCC